AUGGAUCCAAGAGAAGCCGCUGAUGACUUUUGCUUAACUGGAGACUCCAACGAUGAGCUUGCAGACUUAGAGAAGGAAUUCGCGUUGAAAAGGCAGAAAUUACUUGAGGAGAAAGCACGAAGGAAGAGGGAGAGAGCAAAACCACAAAUAAACGUGGAAAGGUCCCCUCUGCCGCCUCGAAAGCAGUCCACAGUGGAUUAUUUUACAAAAGGAAGAGUAGAUCCUGCUCAGCAGCCAGUGAGGUCUGAACCUGAGGUGAAGACUGUUUUCACCACACAUACUAAACAUAAGACACAGAAGGAAACACCCAAUGGCUUUGCGUCUCGACUAGCGGGCAUGGACCGCUCGAAAACAAACAAAUUGGAUUAUUAUGCACGAGUUUUUGAGUUCGAAAAUGUGCCUAAGUAUACUUCCAUUCAAGUGCCACCAGAUGAUGCUGAGACGUACUCCGGCAUCAAGCUUCAAACGCGUUUAAUUCCCAAGGAAGCAGUUGUUGAGCUCUUCGAAGGCAUCAAAAUUCUUAAUGUAAAGAGGCUUCUCGCGAAAGUGACGGGACCGGAGUUCAAAGAGCCCUCUUAUGCCAACUGGUGUUUUGUAGGAAUGGUGGUCUUUAUGAGCAAGCCCAAGCACACCGUGAAGGGGCAAAAAUACCUGAUUCUACGCGUGGGCGAUUUCGACCAUUCUGUUGACCUCAUGCUUUUCGAUGCAGCGUUCGAGAAGUACUGGAAACUACAAGUAGGGGAAGUGAUUGGGGUGUUAAACCCUCAAGUGAAACUGUUCAAGGGCACUUUCAACCUAACGCUAACAGACAAUUCCCUUAGUAUACUAGAGCUAGGCAGGGCUAGACAUUUUGGGUAUUGCGGCAGUGAAACGAAAAACGGCACCAGGUGCAAGAAUUUUGUGGACGUUUCCAAACUGGCCCUUUGUGCUUAUCAUGAGGAACAGAAAUACAAGGCGUCGGGGCUGAGAAUGGAGCUUCAGGGAGUGAAAAUGAGAGAGUCCGUGUAUCACAGAGGUAAUGCGCACUCCAACAGGCGCUUCGAUCCUGAUAACUGGGCCGGCAUGGGUGUUUAUGGAGGAUCCCGCUGCGAGAUUUUCAGUGGAGGUACUGGAUUUGACGAGGGUAAGUACGACAAGCCUCCAAGUCAAGCAAGCCGAGCUCGACAAAAGAAAACCAACAGCUUGCUCGAAAAGCGAUUACGUGCAACGGUGGCGCCAAAACGGGUGUCAGAAUUGGAGAAACUAGGCAUUCUACGUAGCGGUAGCGAUAAUGAGACAGGCAAUGGAGGCUGCGAAACGGCCACAUGCGAGCGCCGUGCAGGAAAGCACUGUGGGAGAGAGGCAGAGAACCAGCCCAACGAUGGGCGCGAAAAAGAGGGGUUUCAUUUUCAUAAGACAGCGGCCGGAGUUGCUUCCGCAACAGACAAUGACAACAAUGGUAACGGUGGAAAAGGGUUGCAAAAGUUGAUUCUGGACAUGGGUUUUGAUCCACGAGACAUUGACAGCAGUAACGCCUCCAUCAACAACAGUGGCAGUGUCCCCAGAAUGUCUAAAAAUGCACACCUUCAAGAGCUCAAGCAGCUUUCUCGCCAAAAAAAGGUGUCCCUCGAGCCGGCGCAGGAGCAGCGCCGCAGGCAGGCAGCCAAAUGGAGACAAAACGCUCAGCUUCUGCUGCGCAACACGCAAGAUGGCAAAAGUGCGCCUCUAAAGAAGUUACCCCAGAUGGAUGUUAAUAAUGAGCAACGUUGUUACGGCAGUGACGGGGACGACCUCGAGAUCGUGGUGUGA